AUGUUACGAUAUUCAGUAUCUCAUGUACUAGCUAUGGAUGAAAAUGAACAAAAAUAUCAGUCUCGUUUAUCGACAUCAUCAUCACCAGCAGCUACGAUGACAACAACAAUCCCAAUAGGAACUGUUGUCUCAAACACACACGUUAAACAUGAUGAUGGAUCCAGCGAAAUGCCUGUCAGUCAUCAAGAAUAUCUCCAUGAAAAGUUAACAGUUCAUCAUUUUCCAGAUGGUUCAGCACUAAAAGAAUGUAUAAACGAAGAGCAAAUCAAUAAAAACAGUCUAAUUGAUGAACCACCGAAACGUCCAGUUAAAGGUUAUCAAUUGAUUAAAAAGAAAUUUCGUGUUACACGUGAAGUACUCAGUGCGAGUUUUAAAAAAUCAAACACCUCUCAGACGAACAAUAUUACUACUAGUAAUGAUCAUAAUAACAGCAAUAUUCAAAAGAACCAACCUAAAAUGAAUCAUUUUAUAAACACUUGUGACUCUGGUACUUUAUCAUUGAAUUCAAAUGAGUCAAAAAAUAAUAUAUCACCUAAAAGACGUUCAUCAAGUCUCAGUGUAAAACGUGAAGACUAUGAACAACGUUUAUCAUUUCAGUUAAACGGUUCAGUGAAUAAAAAUGAGAAAAAUAACACCAAUAACCAUCGUUAUCCUGCAGGCAGGUAUUUAAAACCUAACAAAAUUACAAAUGAACAGUCAUUAAUGUCCAGAUCACAAAUCUAUCUAAAACCACUUCAUCAGUUAGAUUGUUUAAGUCUACAAUCAAGUCGUAAACAAAGUCAAGCGUCCUUAUGGGAUGCACAACGAGAUUAUCUAUAUGGUUCUAUUGCUCUUGGUGGCAGUAUGUUAGGUGUAUCAGAGUUGAAUAGUGUCAAUGGGAUUAUCACAGGUGGGAUAAAUGAAAAUUAUGCUGAUCUGGUUUCAUCAUUUCAUAAAAUUUUAAUUGCUGUCGGUGAGAAUCCAAAUCGUCAAGGUCUACUAAAAACACCAGAAAGAGCUGCCAAAGCUAUGCUGUAUUUCACUAAAGGCUAUGAAGAACGCGUUAGUGAUAUACUAAAUGGAGCAAUCUUUCAAGAAGAUCAUGAUGAGAUGGUGCUAGUCAAAGAUAUUGAAAUGUUUUCAAUGUGUGAACACCAUAUGAUCCCGUUUAUUGGACGUGUUUCCAUUGGCUACUUACCAAAUAAAAAAGUUCUUGGUUUGAGUAAAUUAGCACGGAUAGUUGAAAUAUUUUCACGUAGACUUCAAGUACAAGAAAGGCUUACCAAAGAAAUCGCCACUGCACUGACUGAGGCUGUGAAUCCAAGAGGUGUAGGCGUAAUUAUUGAGGCUACACAUAUGUGUAUGGUAAUGCGGGGUGUACAAAAGAUUAAUUCCACAACAGUGACAACAGCAAUGAUGGGCGAUUUAAAAGAAAACCUUAAAUUACGCGAAGAGUUUCUUCAACUAGCUGGAAGGAGAUGACUGAUCGCUAAACAAUGCUUUAAGAAUUUAAUACUUGCCAUUUGUUAUUUGAAUUUAUGUCAGAGUCUGUCUGAGUCAGCCUACAUAUUUCAGUUUCAGUAUAUUGUGAUAAGAACGAGACCAACUAACCUUUGAUCUAUGAUAAAUAAAGUGUUUAUUGCUUUUGAAA